AUGUCACUGGUGCAAUAUUCUGACUCCGAGUCAGAUGCAGAUAAGCCCGCAUCACCUCCAGCCAAGAAACCCCGCCGUGACCCUCCAUCCCGGGCCCACGCGCUCCCGCCGCUACCACCUGCAUUUCACGACCUCUACGCCUCCAGCACGCGCGUCAGCGUAAACGACGACCCCAGCCUCCACGGCGGCCGGAAACGCGUCAUUCCCCACGUGGAAGGCAACUGGCCGACACACGUCUACCUGGAAUGUGUGUACGCCCCGCCCUCGCGUUCUUUCGCAGCUGAGAGAGCAGCAAUAGCUAAUAGUAAAGUCACAGGGUACCCAGCCAAGGACGAGCUCGCGCUCCUUGCAGACCUCCUCGCCCGGGCCGAGGAGUCGGCAAAGCUGGGCGAUGGCAGCGAUGGUUCCAGUACCCCGCGCCUGCGCAGCCUUUUGCACAGCGAUCUGGGCGCCCAGCUCCCGCUGCACAUCAGCCUGUCCGCCCCCGUAGUGCUGCGGACUGACCAGCGCGCCUCAUUCACCGAGGCCCUCACGACGUCCAUCCGAGAUUCGCACAUUCCACCCUUCACCGUUACCCCGGACGCCCUGCAAUGGGUAUCCAAUCACGAGCGCACGCGCUGGUUCCUGGUGCUCCACGUCGCACAAUCGGCCGGCGACGGUCUGACACGCCUGCUCACGCUAUCUAACCGCGCCCUAGCUGCCUUCGACCAACCGCCGCUCUACACGACACCCUCGAGUGACGCCCGCCCGUCCCGUGCGCCGGUCGCACAUGACCGCAGCCGUGGUGCGGCUGGGCCUGCUGGGUACCACUCGGACAGUUUUCAUGUCUCUCUAGCGUGGAGCUUGGAUGGGCCUAGCAAGAUGGAUGCAGAGCGUGUUGCGGGGUUGGAUCUGGGAUUGGAAGAUCUCCAAGCCUUCCAAGCAGCCCACUUCCCAGGAAACCACCAAGCACUAAACCCUCCCGCGGCAGAGUCUGCCAUCGAGGACGAUGCCUACGCGGAUGAAGAUGACCUCGGGUACUACCCCGACGGUGCGAAGCGCACCCUGACUGAUGAGCAGAUCCGCAUCUUCAGACACAGCGAGAUCCAUGCCCUGCGGCGCGCAAGACAGCUUGAGCAGGACGACGCCGAGUACGAAGCCCGGGCUCGGCAGCUAUCUGAUGACACUGGAACAGGGGCUGAGGUAGAGACUCAGCUGGAUGAGCCACUUCUCGAUGAGAAGAGGAAUGAGAACUUGAGCCAGAGUCAGGGCCAGGGCCAGGGCCAGACUCGUCGAGGAUCCUCCGGUGGAGGGAAGUCACAAAAAAGGGGCAAUCGUGAGACGCGUGAUAAGCCGUCGGAGACACUAGACUAUGAAGAUCACGAACAGAGCACGAUUAACGAGGCCCGCCCAGCUGAAGCUCGUGCGCCCUAUCCCAGCCGGAGGAUUAUCUCCUACGAAGAUUGA